GUCUGUUCCGUACACAAACAUACGAAAGUCACACAACAUCUCAGCUCGUAUCAAUUAGGAAUGUGUGUAAACCCUAAUGAAAUUAGUAUUUUAAGUUCUUUAUUGUGCUGACCAAUAUAUUUAACUGUCUUCUAAUCAUUUUGAAAAUUCUAAAAAUAUGGCUCCGACUAGAAGAGGAAAUGAGGGUUUAUUAGCUCGUGUAAACUUUCCACUUUACACAGUACAGAUGCUUACCAGUCAUCACAUUAUUGUUGGUGGUGGUGGUGGUUCAUCAAAAACUGGGGUUGCCAACGGAUUUGAAAUAUUUGAACUUAUGUUUGAUGGGAAGAAAUUUGUUGCCGAAGAAAUGAUCCGACAUGAGACUGGACCGAGUGUAGUUAUGAAUUGUGCCUGUCAUUCAACUAGUAAGCGUAUGUAUCUUGUAGCGGGUCAAGAAAGCCAUUGUCAAUUGUAUAAUGUGAACGUUGAUAUAGUAGAAGACGACGAUUCCAGAAAUGUAUCACCAGAAGAUGAGGCAAACAACAGUUCAGUCAGACGUCGUCGUACUCUAUCUAAAAGUGAAAACGGAAAUAGCAAAUCAAAUCAUAGUAAGAGUAAUAAGGUGGAUAGUAGCAAAGACAUUCAACGACGAUUGAGAUUCAAUUUAAAACCAGAUGAGAGUGUUCAGUCCGACUUUAGCAAAGAAGAACCACUGCAGCGUGUGGUGAGAAUAUCGUUGGAUGGCAAUCUAAUGGCCACUGGUGGCACUGAUGGAGUGGUUCGCUUAUGGGAAUUUCCCUCAAUGAAACCGAAAUUCUCCAUGGAAGCUCAUGCGAAAGAGAUUGAUGAUCUUGACUUCAGCCCUGACAACAAAUCGUUAGCUUCAAUAUCAAAAGAUGGUCAGGCUUUUACGUGGUGCUGUAAAACGGGUAAAAAAUAUCAAAUUUUGUCAUGGACCACUCCAAAUGGGAAUAAAUAUCUCUAUAAACGAUGCAGGUAUGGCAUCGUGGAAGAGGAUAGAACAAGGUGUAGACUUUUCACUUUGGCGAACCCAGUUGCCAGGACCGGGAAGCAGUUGUCGUACAUCCAGAUGUGGGACCCGGUGACGGGCGAGUUGAAGAAGUCGUCGCUGAUCGAGGAAAGCCUAUCGGCGCUGGCUGUCCGUGAUGACGGCAGAUUCGCUGCUGUCGGCACCAUGUUCUCUGGCAGCGUUUUCCUCUACAUUGCCUUCAGCUUACAGAGAGUUAUGACUGUCAACAAUGCUCAUAGUAUGUUUGUGACUGGACUUGAAUUUUUGCCAGCUCUCUGUGAUAAUCAACCGUCCAUCACCACGUUAUCCGAAGCAGCUGUUAUUAGUAUAUCGGUCGACAAUAAAAUUUGCAUUCAUAGUUUACCUUUCAGACGGUCCUUACCGCCUUGGCUCGUGAUAAUGUUCAUCAUUGUCACAUUAUUCUUCACUUUUGUUUUCUGCAGCUAUAUGGGUCUAUAACGAAUUACUUUACCUGUAUUACAUUCCAAAAAAGAGACACUGUAUAUAAGUUUCGUUAUACGGACUGUUGACGUUUUUAAUCUCGAUUCAUUUAAAUGAGAAAAGUUUUGAAAGUUUCAGUGCCGGUUGCACAAAAGCCGGUUAAAUUUUAAUUGUGAUCAAUUCCACGAGAACCAAUCAGAGAAGCAGUCUUAUCAAGAAUGUCUUCUCUGAUUGGUUCUCGUGAAAUUAAUCACGGUUGAAAUUUAACCGGCUUUUGUGCAACCGGGCCUUGUGUUGAUUUUCAUAAAUUCUCAAUUUGAAAUCUAUGCUUUGUUUUUUAUGUAUCAUUCAAUAUAAUAUUGAAAGUUAUUGUUAUUCUAUACCCAAUAUUGUGAAUUAUGGCUUUGAAAUUUUUGGAAUAUUUAAUGAUUUUGUUGAUAAUUGUCGAUAUUUUAUGUUUAUUUCAUUACAAUUGAGUACGAUUCAUCAAA